AUGGAUUCCUCCAGGAAACCUCCCAGCUCUCAGCGGCUUCCGCCGCCCGCUCUGUUUCAAGGUCCACCAUCCCAUAAUGCAUCCAAUAUUUCCCUCGCCGUACCUCCGUCUGGACCGACCCUCCCCACUCCAUCUGGUAGCCAGCCUCCACCCCUCCACCGCAAUCGUUCUACUCGUGGCAACGAUGCCGGCUCUCCAGAUAACCGCAGCUCACUCUCUCCAUUUCUCUCACGACGACCAUCUAAACACGAUGUUGAUGGUUCCGACGUUAUCUGGCAAGAAAUGCAAAGUGCCCUGUCCGAGGUAGAACUAAGCGCGGUUACCAGCGAGCAUGUCUUCGGCGAAAAACACGCCGAGGCUCUUGAGGAUCUCCGCAUGAAGCAAUUGAGACUUGCUCAAGCAUGGGCUCGCAGUGAGGCAGAUGAUGAAGUCGUCGGUUCCAGCAGCAAUACUGCUGAUGGCAAUGCCUCCGCGACGAGUGCACAACGUCGAGGGUCGGGAGAUGGCAACGCCACAGAUGCCACGAAUAAUACCCAAGCAUCUGGUAGAGACCGUGUCUCUUAUCGAACUCUUGAUGAAGAAACGGAAAAGGAUAUUAUACUUGCGCGCAGGCGCCGUGAGGCUAAUGACCGCUACUUUGAUCGAGUCAACCAGGGUGUGCUGGAUGUGGUCGCCAAGCUAGAGGAAGUCUCUCAGGCCAUGCGCACAGUUGAACGAGAGAGCAAGGAUAUCUGGAGUGACUCGGAGAGUGUGACCACACCUGCACCCUCUACUGCCCACUCUGGUUAA